ACGAAGCAGAUGCCUAUCGAGGAGUUUUUGCCACCGAUCUAUUGUCCAAUCGAUUUGGAAAAACUGGCGCGGCAACUUCCAACGAGCUUCGGCGGAAACACGCCUGAUGGCGUGGGGGUGAUGCAGCCAGCAGGCAUGCCGUCACUCCCGCCGCCUCGCAAAGUCAGUCCUGAGCCGGUAGAGGAAGGAAAGCUGCGCGAGACGGGCGGCGCUCUUGGUUCGAAUGCCGCGGCGGGCUCGACGGAGGGUGACCCCGACGUAGCAGAUAUGUCGAUUGCGCAAGAUCCAGAUCUUGAUGGCCUAGAAAGCGGAAACUUGAUGCGCGAGCAGUGGGUGAAAAAAGGGCCCCAGGCGGAGCAAGAGGGGCAACAAGUGCCCAUCCCGAGAGAGCUGAUUCAGGGUUCCCUAGACGACACUCGAAUGCGGCGAGGGGCCGCAGCCGCACAGCACCACCAAACGAGAGUUGCUCCGGAAUCUGGGGACGAUGCGU